UCUUACCAGCAAUGAUGAAUUCAUGAUAUCUACGGACAAUACGAAAUAAGUACUUUUAAUAUGUCUGUCUCAACUCUUGCUUCGUUUGAGUACCUGGAAAGGUUACCAGGUACAACUUUUAGACGACUAUAUCAACAACCUUCCACUUCUUUGGCCAUUUUUAGGCGUAUGCUCCCUCAUCUUGCCAAAACCUUUGUAAUGGCACUACUCUAUAUGCCGAAGCCUUUACCUCUCACAGCUCUGGAUCAAUGGGUGCAACCAAAGAGCAAGAGGUCUGGACUCUGGCUUAAGAUAAUGUUACAUGCUAAAUUGUUACAGGCAAAAAGAUCAAGCCCUAUCCUUACUAUCGCGACUGCAUAUUGUCGAUAUUACUGCGCUGAGCCGAGAAGAUCCUCAGACUGUAGCUCUGACUAAAAUUUUUGGAACUUCUCUCCGACUGGCACUUACUGGUGGAGGGAAUCAUCAAUCUUUUGGAGUUCCUUCGUCCGGUCACAUUGCGCCACACGUUGAUAUAGAUUUCUUGGAUGUACAUGCUCGAAUGCAAUGGGAAGGGAUCCUACAUUAUAUGGUCAAUAGCGUUGCAGCAGGCUCGGGGCAGGAAGGAAGUGGGCCGGCAGGUUCAGUUAAGAAACUACUCGAUGCAGGAAAGUUGGUUACAAGAGGGCGAAGUGUGGGUAUCACUCAAGCUGGAUUCUCAUUUUUAUUACAAGAAGCGAAUGCGCAAGUCUGGACUUUACUUCUUUUAUGGAUUGAAAAUGCCGAGAGUAUGGGAAUGGAUUCCGUUGAUGUACUCUCUUUUCUAUUCAUGCUAGGUUCCCUUGAACUCGGACGUGCAUAUAGCACCACGACCCUCACAGAUGCUCAACACAAUAUGCUCGGCAACCUCAUCGACUUCGGGCUGAUUUACCUCCCUCCUUCCGCUCCCACACAAUUCUUUCCAACUCGUCUUGCUACGACCCUCACCUCAGACGCCAGCGCUCUUCGUACCGUAUCGGCCGGCUUCGACGCCGCUUCCAAAUCAGCCGCCAACCAAAAGGGUUUCAUAAUUAUCGAAACUAAUUACCGCUUAUACGCCUACACAAAUUCUCCGCUUCAAAUCGCCGUCCUCUCACUCUUUACCAAACUCAACACUCGAUACCCCAACAUGGUUAGCGGCCGCGUCUCUCGUGAUUCCAUACGCACUGCCAUAUCUCACGGUAUCACUUCUGAUCAAAUAAUUACCUACUUAUCCACCCACGCGCAUCCGCAACUCGUCAAAGCCUCUACUGCAUCUCAUGGAGGACCAGUAUUACCACCUACGGUUGUUGAUCAAAUACGUCUCUGGCAGUUAGAAAAUGAGAGAAUGAAAGCAGUGCCGGGGUUUUUGUUCAAGGAAUUUGACGGGCAAAAGGAGUAUGAAGGGUGUGCGAAAUAUGCCGAAGAAGUAGGAGUAUUGGUUUGGAAGAAUGAUGCGAAGAGGAUGUUUUUCGUAACGAGAGUGGAGCAGUUGAGGGAUUAUAUUAAAGCGAGGAAGAUAAAAUAGGGGCGGAAGGGAGAGGAGUAGAAUUUUGACGUUGGGACAUUGGGGCGAACUUUCGAAUCUAAACUGGCUCAAAGUUGACCCGCUGCGUUUUCAUGGAUAGACUAGUUGGUGAAAGCUGAAAGCAAGUCGACGGGGUGCAUAGCGAGACGACGCAAAGAAAUCGGAGAUGGCUUAAGCGAGAAGAUUUUGAAAUCCAAGGUUUACAUGGAGAAUAAGGAUCAAUAUGGAUUGCAUCAAAGGGAAUGGAGUUAUAACGAAUAGGCUAGGAUAGGAUGCAUAGCGCGGCGCUUCGGGAGUUAA